AACAAUUUAUCUACUACGCUCUCGAUGAACAUUUGAAUGCCAUUUCGGGCAAUCGAGGCGAGAAAAUGAUGUACGAUUGCUUUCUGAAAUUGAUAUGUGUGAUCUUCGAUCUGUUCCGUAUCCACGAUACUACUACUUGAGUGCGGAUGAGCGUACGGUUCAAUUUUGCCUUUGGCAAGGAAGCAGAAACAGCGUGAUACUGUAUCUUGAAUUAGGUCCGUAUACGGUGGCUAUGCUUCGUUUCCAUACCUUUCUGGAUGUAUGCAGCUAAGGAACUAGAAACCGGCCAUGCGUGACAGAGGUGUAAAAGCACGCAGGGAGCGUGUGUUCUGCGCUUUCAGCUCACUUGCAAUCUGCCAAAUCACAGUGCGACACAUCGCAACAGCGUCGGGACGAAGUCUCUGACGGCCGCGUCGCAUGCACGCGAUAUAGUUAUUUUCCGUUCUAUCAACCGCUGGAAGGACAACGAUGAAUACAGCUGGAAAGUAGCGACGGAAGGUUCUCCGGUGUGCGAAAAUGAAAAUAUUUUUUUCUGACAGAAACAGUGCCUGCACGAGGGUUGUGUUGUUUGCUCAAGGUUCUUUGCGUCAACGGUGCAUGCAGUUCAUGCCUUUGCUAAAAUCUCCCGAGUCCAGGACAUGAAAACCGACAAAAACACGCCUUUUGUUGUCCGACAUUGCCGAGAAACUGUGAAUGGUUUGUUUGGAGGAUGUGUGUUGUUUUUACCUCGAAUCGACUGAUCGACUGUGUCGCAAAGCGUCGGAUGUCCAGUGUCGAUGUGAGGACCAUUGGACCGCUUUACUCCGCAGUCAGAGCUCCUUUCGUCCGAAUCUGAGUCUUCUGCCACAACAAGGCUCCGUGAAUGCCGAUUGGAAUUGAACUGUGUUGACUGGCAGCAGUGUAGUCUUUGUGCGGAUGUCCGGGCGGGUGUGUGUUGGUCUGCCUGUUCUGAUACCCCGGCAAGAGGCAAAAAAGGCAUCAAAUUACGUGGCAAGAGAAAGCCUGAGAUUGGCGCGGUGAGUGUCUCUUCCUCGUUUCUUUCGUAGCGCUUGCACUGACCAUUUGCAGUUCCUCGCAAUUCGCCCCUCGGCAGCCACGAUGGGCUGGUCUUCGCGACCUCCCUUUCGAGGUUCGCCUCCCGUCCCCCCGUCACGUUUCCCAGAUCGUUUCCUAGAUCGAGAUCGCAACUGCUCUCCAUGCAGCUACGCCGCAUUUGUUCCACCCUCGCCCGAAGGGAGCAACCAGCAGAGACAGCUCAGGCAACCUCCCCUGCAGCGUGGCCAACAGUGGCAGGCGUUGUGCAAACGUUCCAGACCGGACGACUUUUCUGAAAAUCUGGAGCAGUAUGGCCACCAUCUGCAUGCAACCGAUUUGCCGCCGCCAAAACACGGCCAACAGCAUAGUGGAACCCGUCCGACAGGGCAUCCUGGAGGACAAAAGAGGUUUUUACCGGAAGGGUUUGGCUCUUCGGUGCGGACUUCCCGGGAAGCUGACCCCUCUCGAGUGCCUUCCUGCUCUGAAAACAUUCAUCGGUCCCGCCACACCGACAUGAGGGAGUGUAUAGGGCACGUACAGAGCGAUUUCGCCGAACAAAGGCAUAGGGAGGGCUCUGCACACCGCCAGAUUCAACGGGAAAACAUCGGGGUGAGUAGGAAUCCGCGUUGCUCGCGCACUGGACCGCAGCCUCUGCUGUCAGCGGACGUACGCCAGCGACGUGCAGAGGCACCGGUGUAUUUCUCUGGCAGUAACUCAAACAAUGAGUAUCAAGGCAACGCCCUCGAUAUGCCGCCGUCAUUCAAGGGGAUGAACAAAAUGCAUGAAACAAGAUCUCAAUCCUCUGCCAAGGAAUCCUCAGGCCCACAGCAUUUCCAGCGGUCGAAGGACAAAGUGCUGACUCCUCUUCAGAUAUCAAAGCGCGACGCGGAUAUUCUCCACACAAAACGGUCUGAGGGUUAUCAAAGAUACGUUCGAGCAGUUCCUCGGGAAAAGAGGUCGCCACUAUGCCGGACCACAUGGCACCCUGUGACGCCGCGUUCAGCCCAGAAUCUCAGUGUCAAGCAAUGGAGAGAUCUGCUCAGCAAGUGGCGCCAUCAGGUGCACUUAUGGACCAACCUCCCCGAGCAUGUAUACUCCAGCAUCUCGGGAAUGGCGGUUGAGGAUCAAAUGAAGACACUCGGAAGCAUGACGGCCCGUGAACUGGACUCAAGAGACGGAGUACACAAGGAUGCCGGCAAGAGCGAGGAUAGCAGAAAUGUCGAGACCCGUGAGGCGAUCGGCAGGUCAUCGGAAGAAAUCGCCAGCUGGUUGACAGCUCUAGAGUUGCCAACAGGCACAAAAGACAAGCCAUCAGCGUUGGCUGGUAAAUCGGACGCUCUAUGCAGGCCCAUUCUGUUCGUACCCUCGUGGUACCGCACUGUUCUACAUCGAAAGAAGUUUGACGUAGUCCAUGAAAAAGACUUCGAAACUGCAGCUGAACAACUGGCAAAGAAAAUUAGAGCCGGCAGUCAUCUUCAACAGCAACACUUCAGGAGCAGUGCCAGCGUCAUGCGUUCUGUGUACGGCCACUCGUGUGCCGCGCUACAGACGUUUGAAAUGGAGGUUUCCGCGUCUCAGGUAUCAGAGGACUCGCAAGCUAAAGAGGAUUUCCAGAAUCGUACGAACUACAAGAUAUCUAGAAACCUUCCACUAGAUAUGGUUCUCAGACUUACCAGACGACAGCCCGACCUUAUUGGUAAGGUAUGUGGGAAGGCAUGUGCCGAGACCCUGUCUUCGAAUGAAGAUGAGGAUGGGUUCCUUAUGCGGCUGUGCCAACGGCAACGGGAACAGGCAGUGCUUUUCAUUCAAGGUGUGUUGUAUUCUGACUUCUCGUCAUCUCAGAACGUAAAGGGACGUCGUGAUUCCCGCCAGCACAGUGGGAAAACUUGCCGAAGAAGAUUUUUGUGAAAUUCGCUUUGUUGCACCCGUUCUACUCUCCCGUUAGUGAGUCGACUCGCAUUCACGAUAUGAAGCCUACGAUUGUUCCUGUGGCAGAGUCAACCGGGCCGCCGAGCAAACUGGUGACACCGCGA